GGUGGAUGGACGGACGGCGCGGGGCAGGCGCGGCCGUAGGACCGAUGCGCUCGCAGUGACCGCCCGUGUGCCGCACACCGCCGCUGUGGGACCGUUACGCCCGCCUCCAGCACCGCACCUCACCGCGCAGCUCAGCCUGCGGGGAGCAGAAAUCCCGCGGCCAAGAUGCCACGCUCCUUUCUGGUCAAGAAACAUUUCAAUUCAUCCAAGAAGCCAAACUACAGCGAGCUGGACACUCAUACAGUGAUUAUAUCCCCAUAUCUGUAUGACAGCUAUCCAGUCCCUAUCAUACCACAGCCAGAGAUCCUGAGCUCAGUAGCCUACAAUCCCAUUACUGUGUGGACUACAACUGGGCUGCUUCCAUCUCCACUACCCAACGACCUCUCUCCGCUUUCUGGAUACCCUUCAUCUUUGGGAAGAGUCAGCCCACCUCCCCCUUCUGACACCUCCUCCAAAGAUCACAGCGGUUCAGAAAGUCCCAUUAGUGAUGAAGAAGAGAGAAUUCAGUCCAAGCUUUCAGACCCCCAUGCAAUCGAAGCUGAAAAGUUUCAGUGUAGUUUAUGCAACAAGACCUAUUCAACUUUCUCUGGGUUGGCCAAACAUAAGCAGCUGCACUGUGAUGCCCAGUCUAGGAAGUCAUUCAGCUGCAAGUACUGUGACAAGGAGUAUGUCAGCCUGGGAGCGCUUAAGAUGCACAUCAGGACCCACACACUACCUUGUGUCUGCAAGAUCUGUGGCAAGGCUUUCUCUAGACCCUGGCUACUUCAAGGACACAUUAGAACUCACACUGGAGAGAAGCCGUUUUCCUGUCCUCACUGCAACAGGGCUUUUGCGGAUAGAUCCAAUCUGAGGGCUCAUCUGCAGACCCACUCAGAUGUGAAGAAAUAUCAGUGCAAAAAUUGCUCCAAAACUUUCUCCAGAAUGUCUCUUCUGCACAAACAUGAGGAAUCUGGCUGCUGUGUAGCACACUGAGUCAUGCAGUCAAUGUUUACCUGGACUUGAUGUGUUUCUCCACUCCUGUUCUGAAUGAUAAGUGGAAAUCCAAAGACAUUUUCUCAUCUACUUUUCAGCCAAAAAAAUACCAAAUCACCGCCAAACAAGCAAACUAAGAAAACAGUGGAAGAACUUAGAAUGACAGUAGAAAUGAGCUUUAAAUAGUUUCUGUUCAGUCACACAUUCACAUUCUGAAGUGUGAAUUCUGAAAUAUGGAGAAAGACACCAUGCAUGACAUUUCAAGUACAUCUAAAGGAGGAAGCAUUAUCAGCUUUCUUUAUAGAUGAAGCCAAAUGUAGAUUGUCUUUUCUUGCUUAGAAAAGGCUGCAAAGUUAAUAAUACAUUCCUGCCAAGCCAUUUCAACCAAAGAAACAGUAUUUUAGGUGGAACUUUUAAUAAAAAUACUACCCAAGUGAAUUUUGCUAGACACCAUUUAUCUCAGGUGCCUUUAAAAGUAUUCUGAGUUUACCUUAGUAAAUGUUUAAUAUUAUUCAUUGCUGUGUUUUUUAUUUUAUUUUAUUAGAAGCCAAGGCCUUCAUUACUGAACUGAAAUGCUUUAAAACUGCAUCAUUAAGAGAGGAAAAAAACCCCAAACACGUAAGAGAAUGUAUGAAAGACUGAAAGCCACAAACUAACCGCAUGUGCCUUUUUUUUUUUUAAAAAAAAAAAAAAAGAGACUGUAACUUCAAACAUUCCUGGUGCAUGCUUGACCAUCUUUGAAUACGGAAUAGUUCCUCUAAACUUUAAUCUUUUUCUAAAAACGGGAAUAAGUGCAAGAGAGGGGGUUCAUGGGAGUUUGACAAUUAUUUUUUUUUAAAAAAUGCACAAAGGAAAUGCAAUAUUUUCAGCAUUACCCCUCCAAGUGCCUUUUUUUAUUGAUGAUUUUGUAAAGUAUGUGGACAUAAUGUAAAUAUUUUUAUUUUUAUAUGA